AUGGUGGGUGGCGGACACUGGGACAUGCCAGAACAAGUGCCUCAUGCUGGAGCUAGAAAAUAUGUGUCACAAGUAGGUAGAGAACAAGUGCCUCAAGCAGGUGUAGAACAAGUGCCUCAAGCAGGUGUAGAAAAAGUGCCUCAAGUGCAGUGUUAUGGGUAUAAGGAGCAAGACCUCGAACAAGACAUGAUUUGGCGGAAUCCACGCGCAUGUGGGUGGGAUGUCACCUUCAUGCUGGUCAAGAAGUUGGACAUGCCAGUGACACAGUGUCAAGCUCCCCCAGUCCCUUCUACUUCUAUACAGGCCAGUGACACAGUGUCAACCUCCCCUGUCCCUUCUACUUCUAUACAGCCUAGUGACACAGUGUCAAGCUCCCCUGUCCCUUCUACUUCUAUACAGGCCAGUGACACAGUGUCAAGCUCCCCUGUCCCUUCUACUUCUAUACAGCCUAGUGACACAGUGUCAAGCUCCCCUGUCCCUUCUACUUCUAUACAGCCUAGUGACACAGUGUCAAGCUCCCCUGUCCCUUCUACUUCUAUACAGGCCAGUGACACAGUGUCAAGCUCCCCUGUUCUUCUACUUCUAUACAGCCCAGUGACACAGUGUCAAGCUCCCCUGUCCCUUCUACUUCUCUACAGGACAGUGACACAGUGUCAUGCUCCCCUGUUCUUCUACUUCUAUACAGCCUAG